AGCCGAAGACUCCACCACCACCACCACAUUGCUGGUGUCAUUCGGCUAUUUCCGCUGCGGUAGACGCCGUUUCAUGUAAACACAGCUAGGACCAGGAAUUAAGUUAUCAAAUUUAAGUUUGUUCAAGCCUUCGGGGUCUUCUGUGGUACGUGUGUGAUGGAGCUGCACUUGGACUAAACCGGGAGCGGCAACAUGUCCAUGGAAGACCCGUUCUUCGUCGUCAAAGGUGAGGUGCAGAAGGCAGUGAAUGCAGCUCAGAGCCUCCAUCAAAGAUGGAGCGAGUUGUUACUGGAGGGGGGCGGGGCCUCCAAGGAAGAGAUGGACUGGACCACCAAUGAGCUGAGGAACAGCCUGCGCUCAAUCGAGUGGGACCUGGAAGACCUCGAUGAGACCAUCAGCAUCGUAGAGUCCAACCCCAAGAAAUUCAACCUGUAUGCUGCAGAGCUGUCCAAGAGAAAAGCCUUCAUCAGCAGCACAAGACACACAGUGAAGGAGAUGAAGGAGCACAUGUCUAGUCCAGCUGUAGCCUGCAUUGACAGAACAAACAAACAGGCUCUGAUGGGUGAUUGCGGUGCUCAGGGUCCACUGUGGCAGGCUUCUGGUGAUAAGUACAGCCGACUGGACCGUCAGCUGCAGAAUGCCAACUCUCAGUUCAUCGAGGAGCAGCAGGUUCAGCAACAGCUGAUGGCAGAGCAGCAGGACGAGCAGUUGGAGCUUGUUUCAGGAACAAUCGGAGUCUUAAAGAACAUGUCAGAGAGGAUUGGCAUGGAGUUGGAUGAACAGUCUGUUAUGUUGGAUGACUUCAGCCACGAGAUGGACAACACUCACUCCAGACUGGAUAACGUCAUGAAGAAACUGGCCAAAGUGUCCCACAUGACCAGCGACCGCCGCCAGUGGUGCGCCAUCGGUGUGCUGCUCGCCAUCCUCUUCGUUAUCCUACUCCUGCUCUUCAUCCUCUGAUUGACAGACCUUCAUCCUGCAUUGGUGAACUGGAGGUCAAAGUUUGCCGAGUGACACUCCUUAACAAUGCAGAGGUCAAAGGACAAACAUGUUUUGUUUUUUUUUGUCCCUGAACUUGAAAGCAGCUCCAGCAUCGUUAGUCAACGACACUUUUAUUGAAUAACACUAAAAUUGUUUGUUUGCUCCUCAUAUGUAUUUCUUCUAUUGCUUUUUUGACUUAAGUGACUGACACAUUUCCUUUGGUUGCCUCAAGACAGCAGGAAGUAACCCUAACAGUAAUAAUAAUGACAUUUCUCAUGACACUCAACACCAUUUUAACAUGUUUUUGGAAAGUAUUAUAUGUGUGACACUUAAAAUAAUAAGUACAAUAAAGUUUCAGUGUUGAUGAAACUUGGCAGCUGAUACUUUGCUCAACAAUAAAGUGAAACACAAAACACACGAGAGAGAAAAAAAUUGCCUUAAAAUGCCUUUUUUUUAUUCGUGCAGUGAAGUCAUUUACAAAUUAAACGAAGGUCAGCUCUAUUGUCUUGACCAGUCUUGUGUGCAAGAAGCCGAUUGGCCGAGUCACGUGAGCCGAGCAACAGGUCCACCCAUAUCUUUCUUGCAUAAUGAGCACGACUAACAGAACUCCCAACAGGUUUUGAUGUUGAGGUGACAGCACGAAAGAAGCUGUUGAAGCAUAUCACUUCCUCAAGUGUAAGGAGGGCGACCCCUGUUGGACAAGAAGAACACACAAUGAUGGACGCUUGUCAAUGAGCUGGGAGCAUUAGCAUCACAGCGAGCUGCGCUCACCGGCAUCCGUUGGUGCGGGUACCGGUUCGGGGCGGGGUCAGAAGUGGGUCGAGGCUGCGCAGUGAGGCGGUCCAGGCUGCCGGUUCGGGCCCUGCAUGAAGCAACGCUGGAGAAGAGACGACGCAGAGACAGACGAGUGGACUGCUGUCUGUAGCCGAAUCUAAACACACACACAGUUUACAAAGGCUAUUCAUUAAUUCAGUCACAGCAUAAUGUAUAGCCCAUAUUACACUAAUUUGUAUUCUUGAAAUAUUGUACGCCACGGGUGUCCAUAAUGCAAAUUCUAAAAAUAAAAUUAAACACAGCCAACAUAGUAGUUAACAUAGUAUGUCGACAUACAGUGCUUGACAAAUGUAUUAUGCAUGACAUAUGUUUGCGUCGUCACUCCGUGACAUGCAAUUCUCUCUCCAAACACUUAGGGGCAGUGUUCUCCAGUGAGUCAGCUCAACAACAACUCUUCUUCAAAAAAUUUGGCAAAAAUUACAAUUUAGUUGUCUUUUUUGCCAAAUAAAUAAUAUAUAUUUUGAUGUUUUUGAAAGAUGUGUAAUAUUUUUAUAGUUUUUAUGGCAUGUGGUCUAAUAAUCUCUCCGACUGGCUUUAGCAUAUUUCCAAACUGUGAAAAAUAACAAAGUGGCCUCCCACAUCCUUACAUUUUUCUGUAUGCCACUCAGUGGAAAAACUGUGGACAUCCCUCUUGUAAGCAAAGCAACAAGCCACUGUACUGGACUACAAACAUGGUUGCAAUGAAUGCAUUCAUGCAGACAUCAAUGAAUACCGGACAGGCACAUAUACUGUAGCAUUAUGCAUAAUCUGACUGUCAUGUAAUUGCAGCAACAAAAAUGAUUCAAGAUGGUGGAAAUAUUGGUGGAAAGACCAGAAUUUCCCUUAUCCUCAUUUUGCAGCAAAUUACCCUUAUUUUCAAAUGCAAAUGUUGGCAGGUAUGAGUACCACAUGGGGCAUAAUAAAGCCAUGCAUGCAAGUACAAUAGUUAUUGAAAGUUUCAAGAAGAUCCUGUAGUACACAAGGGUAAACAAGAACUCCAUCGAUAGCUUGGUUCAGGGGUGUGCAAAGUGCGGGCCCAGGGGCCAUUUUUGGCAGGCAGCUCGUUUUGCAUUGGCCCUCUAGAUACUGUAAAAAUAAAAUGCAUUCAUUAUUCAUAAAAUAUAUUUUUAGAUAUUACACUAAUUUGCUUGUCUCAUUUAAAACACAGCUAAGAUGUGGAUGUUGUUGAGAAUAACUAAGCAUUAGUUCACCUUCAUUUGACUGGUUUUAGCAUCUUUACUGUAUAAAAUGUUGCUUGUGCAACACAGGCGCCCUCUUCCGCCCCCACAGUGCUGAUACCCAACUGGGCUUUGUUGUGUCCAGAAGGUGGCGUUACAGUAGCGUACAGUACUCACGGCUGAGGAAGAUGGAGCUCUUCCCCCAUUGGCUCUCUGACCUGUCCAUCAUUGGUGUUCCCUGAGGGAAGCCGCCUUUGUUUGUUCACUGUAAAAAAAAAAAAAAGACAAUUGCAAAAGAAGUGAGAAAAAACUUUGAAUUUAGUACUAAAUUCGCUUACAAUUUUUCUAAAUUGGACAGACUCUGGUGAUUGAUUGAUUAAAAUGACAAAAGGUCCCUGUCUGGGACCCACAACCGGCAUGUGAGGCGCCCUUGAAUGCUGAAUGAACAAUAGGCCUAAAAAGAUUUAGACCUGCUGUCUGAGAUGUGGAUGACUUGUGGCUACUGGGAUCUAGACAAAGAUUCUUCUCCUGGACCUCUCCCCGAGGCUCCUCAUGGUCCUGCUUCAGAAUUUGGCCUGAGGGCAGCUGCUCAGGGGAAUAGGGAUUUAACGGCAGUUCUUUGGUGGGUGUGGCCUUGAGAGGGGCUCGGUUUCCACUGGCUUGCAUCUGAUCAGUUCUUCCUGUCCGUACGCUGAGUCGUCCGGUCGCAACAUCUCCUCUUCUGCAGAUGUCAGGGGGCGUGACCAAACCAAUGUGAGUUUCUUUGAUUGGCUCGGUCCACAGGUCCAGUCUGUAUGGGCUCUGGAUCUGCUUGACCCCCAAUAAAACUGCCCUCGCUCCCGUUGCUCCAUUGGCCUCAAGCCCCGCGUGCGGCCUGCUGUUGACAUGCAGGCUGAGUUUGGGCUUGCAGACCAGGAUGCCUGCGACUCCAUGGCUUGUACGUUGUCUCUGCCGGUCCAGGUAACGGGAGUCGGCCUCAGCCUCGGUCUCAUCUUCAAAACGUAGACGGUGACUUGCCGGACACGACCUCAUCAACUUGGAUGGGUCACUCUGGUCACUGGACAACACAGCCACACUCUCUGACCUCAGCUGGAGAACUGGACCGAGUUUGGCACUGGAAGUUGUCAAAAAAAACAAACUCCACUGAUUUAUUUGUCACAGUGCACAAGCAGAAAAAUCUCCAGUCAAUUCCAUUUUUACAACAACUUAGGGCGGGUGUAGAAGUGGGCAGAUUGAUCCAAAUAGCAAUAUUAUUAAGGGUAGAUUCAGUAUCGGAUUGAUACUCUUUUGUGUUUAUUUUCACAAAUAUAUGUGUUUUUAUUGUGUUAUUCAUAUUGCUACCUUGUUGAUAUCGUUAUGGUUAUAUAUUGUUUGCUUUUGUUCACUUAUUGACAAUUACUUAUGACUAUUGACUUUGUUUUGUCAAACAAUUGUAUGGAAUAAAAGGGAGUCACUGUAUUAGUUUGUUGCUAUUGUUACAAUGUCUUAUAUUGUUGUAUUUACAUAUUGUUACAUUUUCACAACAAGUUUGU